AGGUCGCGAGUUCGAGCCUCGGGUGUUCCACACUUCGAGGUUGGGUAUGACUGGCUGAAGACGGCAAAUAAGUCAGAAAUGACCAUUCCAGUCUCCCUUGUCUUUGUCGGUAAUAGCAUUGUGCAUAAAUAUAUAUAUAUAUAAGGGUGGAGGGGCGUUCACGGAUCGUUCCUACGGAACUCACUCGUUCCGUUGUGUCUCACGGGCUCUCUUUUGAGUCCAACCAGCAGCUGCACAUCGGCGCAUGCUAUAUAACAGAAUGGCAUUGCCGAAAAAGACAAGGGAAAGUGGUCGUAAUGCGACUAAAUCGCCACAAGAUAGUUAUGUCCACUGUUUCUCCAUGGCAGCUUGUCUUCGUCUACCGUCAAUUCUUCCUCACUCCCUCACGUUCUCUGUCGCCUUCGGUUCCUGCCUUCUCGUCACUUUCUUUCCAUACUCUGUUCUUUCAGCGGUAAUGGAAGACUAAGGUCACCUGGAAAUCUAAGACGUCCUUGAAUUGCUGUUGUAUAAGAACUGGAAGUCUUUUCAAACUAGAUAAGGCUGCUUUUUGACAAUAUUGGACCAGACACAGUGGUCAAGUGCGCAAUAUUUUCAUAGAUCCUUCCAACGGACGGCAUGUUUGGCUGCAAAAUGAUUCCAUCCUAGGGCUGCCAGUGCAUGUUCAUCCCGACAAUUUCAACCCAACUUCUGAUUUGGCCGUGUAUACGGAGAUGUUUUCACUCGGAUGCGGAUAUACUAAGCCCUCCUCCCUCCCUGAACAACAGCCGACUGCCCCUGGUCAAAUAAAAUCUUGUGGUGGGGAUCGGCCGACUGCAGUUAUUGGAGACCAUGGCACCAGUCUGGAAAACGAUGCCUUAAGUACUGGCGUCCCUGCUACUGACGCGGUUUUAUCAAUGAUUUUAGUUCGGUUGCCCAGUUACACUGUUUUAACUGCUUUUCCUUUUCGUCCUUUUUUCAACCUUUUCACUUUUUCCUCAGUGCAAACGACUCAGUCUUUGGCAUAUCUGAAGAUGGAGCGAAAUCAGACGACGAAAGUCUCUCACUGAGUGUCGAGGACCUUUUCCAGUUGCACCAGCGUACCGAGUCGUCCUCAACUGAGGCCUCCAAGGAACAUCAAAGUCGCCCUGCAUCGGGACAAUCUCUAGGAGCUAACAGGUCGGCAAGAGUGGUGUCGGCCCAGGAUACUACUUCUGUCAUUUCCUCACCCUCGAGGGGGACUGGUCGAAGUGAAACACCGGUGAGGGCGGCUGCUACCACCAAAGCACCUUCACCGGCACCAACAGCCCCGUCGGCAGCCACUACCCUCUCGUCCACAUCCGCCAUUGUAGGGCCCACCUUCAAGGGCGAGAUCCUGCGCGGGCGCUGCCAGUUGAUUUCAAUUGUGCGGACCACGCCGGGCUGGUUCGUGGUGACCCGGACCGCUAUUCACUUUCUACAGAAUCACUCAGAGGCCGUUGUCUCAGACCUGGCACCUGAAUCCGGUCUGUUCCCCUUUAUGACAAUCAUUCUUUUCGCUGAUACCCUCGUGGGUGGAAUUUUACACUCUGGUAGCUCUAAUUUGGCUGGUUUUGAGACAGCUACAACACCAGACGCGUCGGUGCUUUUCGACUUAAGGUAGGACACUUUUCACGGCCCAUUGCUCCCCUCUUACCUAUGUCUACUCACCGUGGCUUCCUUCGAUGGCUUUCACGGCGUCCCUUUCCUUGCGUCGCCUCGGCAAUUGCAAGAUUACUCUUUCGGCGAAUUCACCUUACGGACAGCAUUAAAAUUCGUCUGCUAACCACUCUUACUCACCGUGGCCUGGUGAGGGUUGGCUCUCGACACCUCAGAGUGGCAGUGGGCAGCAGUCUGCCCGCACUCUCGCGAUUAACAUGUCAGUGACUGACGGUGGUCAGAUAUGUCUACCGCGGACUUGCUGCUGGUGUGAAAUGCGUCUCGAGCCUAAGCGCGUCUUGUCAACUGUCAGCGGAUUAGCAUGCAAGACCAACAUAGGCAGCUCGUUGCUUAGCCCUUUAUCCCAACAACGAGAGGAAAAGAACUUCUGGGCAUGGUCUUGCUUUUUUCAAUGCUAUCGGCUUUUGCAAUUUUCAUGUAUAUGAAUUUCACUAUACAUGUCCUUAUUAAUUAAACCAGGAAAGAUCUUUGUGUUCGACUUUUCAGAUACGCAGCAAAGUAUAAGUUGUCCUUAUUUGCGAUGGCGCCCUAAUCAUUGCGGACUUGACUGAUUCAGGUGAUUUAAAACGCCUAGCUUCCUUACGGUUCACCAUUCUGCUCUAAUUCAGACAACUCUGCUUUCCUCUUCACUGGUCCGAAAAGUGACUGCAAAGAUUAUUAGGGUAGACGCAAGCACGUUAGAAGGACUUGAGCCAUAUUUGCACAUGUCCUCAGAACUACUUUACCGUAUCUUUUUUCCUUCCAUCAAGGCUACAAUCACCACUUUCAGUAGUACCUUUGUUGUUGGCCUCCAACCCAGUGAAAUCUAAUGCUGAAAGGGAUAUUGCCAGUGGCUGCCGCUAAUUAGCUUUUAAUUGAACUUCAAUCCUGUAGGACGGCAUCGAUCUUUCGAUGGCAAUUCCGACUUUUCAAUGGUUCUUAACCUGAGCGAUUUACGGGAGAUUCACCUCUGCCGGUAUAAUCUGCGUCGCUCCGCGUUGGAGAUCGUCAUGGUCGAUCACUCCAAUUACCUUUUCAACUUUAAACCACGUGUAAGUUGAUGUCCCUGCCGCAUACCCAAUUUAUGCCUCUACUCAUCUUGUUAAGUAAUAUCCACAUUCUCUCCCCCUCCCCAAAAUUAAAGGUCCGCCAAUCCUUCAGUCAAUGUUUAUGUGCCUCUUUCCUUUCCCUCCAAGGUCCGAAACCGAGUCUAUGGCAACAUAAUGAGCCUGAACCUUCCGCAGCUGCUGUACCGCAAGGGUCGUAGUCCUGCUGAGGUGUUCAAGUACUCUGGCUUGAAGGAGGCAAGUCAGCACCUUCGUACCUCUUUCCUUGCGCAGUUUUCCAACAGUGCGAGGAUUAUUUUUUGUCCUCUGUGACCAGCCUCGACCUGAUCCCCUCUCCCGAUAACCGCCAGGUUCCACCAACAAGGUACGCUGAGGUGUGUGGAGAUGAGCAUGAACUCAGGGGCUGGCCUGGCCUGGCGUAAGGUUUCGUUUAUGCUCGUCAAAUACGCCGACCCCUCAACCCGCACUAAUGGGGAGGCCUAUUAUAGAAUGAGGCAGGAGAGGCUCGAUGGCCAUCCGGCCCCCGUAAACGCCCUGUCAUUGCCCCUCCCCCUGGUUGCCGAGCAAAAUUGUACGCACGCGCUCAAAGGGCGGUAAAACACGCAUAGUCUCAAAUUAUUGGUCUUCCCCUCCCCGUGUCACAACCGCGACAGAGUGUUAGGUUGUAAAGACUAUGGAAAAACGAUCUCUGGAAUAGUAGGUGUAUUAUUCUGAGCUUUCGGUAUCGUAGAUGAGGCCAUCGUCAGAGGCUCUGAGAAUGCGACACCAAAUGAGCAGUUUUUUAGUCAAGCCAUGACGGGGGGGUAUGAGUGCAGAGGGUGGUAUUCGCGGCAAGCCGAGUCCCACGCCGUCCCACGGGGGCGUGACUGCGUGCACCUUUGGUUGGAAGUGGGGUCUCGCCUCUUGGUCGAGGGAAUGGAGCCCGUGAUAGCAGGGGGUAUGUCAACGUGUCUGUUGAUAGAGUUGGUGUCAGACGCCCAGGCCUCCAACAGUUCUCGCCCUGUCUUAUUGCUGGCCCGCGCUACUAUCCGCGUGCUCGCGAAGUUGAAUUCGUGGCCUUCCUCCAGGGUGUGAAUGGCUAUCUGAAACAAGGGGUCGCCUCUCCGGACCGCGCGUUUAUGCUCCGUUAUUCUUGAGCUAAGUCGUCGUUCGGUCUGUCCUGUGUAGUGGCGAGGGCAGUCCCGACAUGUGAUCUGAUAAGAACUGCUCAUUUGGUGCCGCAUUCUCACAGUCUCUGACGAUGGCCUCCUGUACAAGACCGAAAGCUCAGACUAAUACACCUACUAUUCCAGCGAUCGUUUGUUCAUCAUCUUCAUACCACGAACCUGGGAUUCGCAUAUGCGUCUCCAUCCGUGAAAGUUGUAGGUGUAUACGGUGAAAACAGAAAAGUGUGAUCGCUAUUGGUUGUGAAUUUACUUUAUAUCAGAUUCAGCACAUUGGCGUCUUCCCACCGCUUUAACAACCUGGCAAUUAUUCUUUCCCAGGCGUCUCCAAUCUUUUCCGUCAUUUUCCCUUAUCUUCGGUCCAGGCAUCUGCGAGAAAACCUGACCACUGAGCCUCAUGCUCAAACCUAUAUGCUUCCUAUUCAGUCUGCAGCCAUUUAUGCUCCUUUCGCCGAAAUUUAUAGAACCAUAGUAAACGCGGGGCUGACAGCCGAACCAGCAGCAGAGUCACCCUGACCUCCCUGCCGCCCGCCCGUCGCGUCUAAAUUGGCCUCUGUCUCUAGGUUUACAAUCUGAGAGUAGUUAAGUCUUUUUGGCUAAAAAAUUGGACAAGGAGGAAGGGGCCAGAGUUAAUUAUAACUGACACUUAGUAUUUGAGCUUCUGGGAGAUAAAUGCGGCACCAGCGACCGAGGUAUAUGGAGUAUAUAUGAACAAGAAGUCACGAAAUUUUACGACGUCAUUAAAUUUCGCAUGUUUCGUCGCCGUUGCCUUGUUAAGAUCUAUUCAGGGAAAAAGGUGCUUUGAAAAUGUGAAUGUUCAUUGGAGUCGCGCCAAAAAUGCAAUUUUUGAUCAAGAAGGGAAUGUGUGAGGUCUGCGUCCUGCGGAGAUAGAGCAGAACUGUUUGCAUGCAGAAGCUCGUGCUUAUUACCUCGAACAAUGACCACUCCAGCAGUCUGACACCAUCUUCUGCAAGUCUGGGUAUAAACAGCCCCACAUGCAUGGAGCGUAUUGUAUCUCACAUAAACCAUAACUGACGCAAAGACAAAUAACGGACUGUUUGUCGACAGUAUGUUGGUUUCGAAAUAGUUCUGCCAUACCUUUGUUGGAUUAUUUUUGUUGCCCAAAUACACACCUUCCGUAGCUUGUUAGCAGCCACAAAAUUCAAUCCCAAGAUCCAUCCUUAUCGGGAUUGCGAGCUUUAGUUUUCGUAAUUUUGCCUCUAGAGCUUAAGCGGAACUCGUAUCCGCCUACUUUACGGGAUCUGGCAUAGCAACUUCUGCGUAUAACCAACUUCAAUACGCAGUACGCUCCGAAGCUCGGUCGUAGUCUUUUAAUCCACUUCUAAGUGAGGCUGCACAACUGAUUUACGUGGAACGUUAGCCCAAGUCGCUUCAGACACGACAGGAUUUGGGCUUUCUGAAUGGUUGAUUUAUAGCUGCAACGUCGGGAGGGGAACGUUGGAGAAGAACAGAGCAAUCUGCUGUGAUCCUAGAUUCCACGGCAAAAACCAGGUGCUGGGAACAGUUGACGUCCUACCAACGCCCACUAGUUCUCACGAAAGGGCUUUAAUCACCUCACCUCUCUGUCUAAUCGGUACUUUUACCCCAUAUUUCUCCAUCAUGAGCGGCGGACGGCCAUGACUGCUCCGGAUAGGGCACAGUGGCCACUACGUAUGAAAUUGUGACAAAUCGCACUUACGCUGUACCUGCGUGACUUCGCCCUCCUCACGUCUACCAUGUUCCCAGUACAAAGCGAGGUCAAGACCACAGGAGGUGAAUAUGGGCGAAAUGACUGACGAAAGUGAAUAGUUUAUAUGCGCGCUCCGCACACAACCUUUCCCUGACCGCACACCUUCCAGACUUCAAUCGGGGGAUCUCGAGCCUCAUAAUUGGAAGGGUGCUAUAAAGGCCACACUAAGAAGGUUCCAUUCCAAUCGCCUCAUUGUAAAGGAAGACAGAGCUUUCCUGGCAGAUGGCAGCCCUUCAAGUCACCACUGCUGCUAUUACCAGUGAUGAUGGUGAUGAUAGCGUUGUUGUUAAUUGUGAUGAGAUUGCUUCGCCUCGGAACCUGAAGGGAUUUAGGAGGAUGUUACGCCUCCAUUAGCUUCUCACGUCCGUGCUAGACAAGUGCCAACCAUUGCUUCACUGUAACGUCCCAAGACGCAUGUGCAGGCAUGUGCCCUGCCAAAUGACCCUUUCUUCCUUACUGACAGUUACUUCGUUCUGUCUAAUCUCUGGGUUGCAUACCAGUGGAGAAAAAUGUCAGAGGGAGGAGCAUUUGGCAGCGUGGAGCGAACAUAAACAAUUUACGCCCAUUUUUCCUCUAUUCACAUUCCCAUUCCUCUAUCCUGGGUGGUGUUUCGUCCUUUCCUCCCCCAUUCUUCCUUCAUCACCACCCCCUCCCAUCAACGUGACAGACUACAAUAAAUGUUAAUUCGGUUGUGAGAAGUGACCUUCGUGCGCCGUGGCUUGGGAGGUUUUCUGGUUGGGGGCAUCAAUUACGAGCAAGUUGCUUUUUAGGGUGUGUCUACGCGUGCGUUUGCGCAGUCGAGCAAUUAUAAACUCGAGAAAGCUAUAUCUCCCACCUUCCAACUUCGCGUUGGCCCUUCAGACGUACUCCCUGAUCACCUGCCUGCCUCACACCACUCCUACCGUUUUUAAUUUUUUUCCUUCAUUGUUCCUUCCAGCGAUGGGCAAAUCGGGAGAUCUCGAACUUCGAAUACCUCAUGCGUUUGAACACAAUCGCUGGUCGGACUUAUAGUGACCUCAGUCAGUACCCCGUGGUGAGAUUCCAAUGCUGCAAUCUUCUCAAUUCACUUCGUUUUACGUAAAAAUGCCUUGCGUUUUAGGCAACCGUUUAAAUAUGUCGUGUGCAAAUCGCGUAAUCAUGUACUUUUAUGAAUUUAAUUUCCGAAGCUGUUGAGUAGACAAUAGUGUGGUGCUUCCAGUUCAUCCCUCCUACCUACAGAAAAUGUUACAUGUGCACAACCCAGCGAACAAGUCAAGGUUAACUAAUGGAGGGACCGCAAUUUCUAAUUUUUUCAUUGUGACUUCGACAAGGAUGCCAGAUUUAGAUGACCGCACAGGAGCUCUUUUCAGUUGUUGGUACUGUUCGUGGGCGAAUGAAAAGUUCGGAUACGCAGAUAACCGUUCUUUUUUUAAAUAUUCGUUCCACCUGCUCCUUGAAAACUCAGAAUUUCCUAAGCUUAUAAUGAGCAUCAGUUAUGAACGCUCCUAGCAUUCCUUAACCAUAAGGCGACGCAAUGUAAUACAACAGGCGGAUUUCGGUUUGGUUUCGCUCGAACAGGAAUUAUGACUAGAUCGCAGUUGAUAGCCAGGAAUGGGAAAACGGACGGCGACCUUAACCCUUCAUCCUAAACUUAACCCUAACCCCUACCUUUAACGUUAACCGUUAACCCUAACGGCAACCCUAAUCCUAACCGAAAUCAUAAACGUAACCGUAGCCCUUAGACAUAACCGUAACUGGAAAACCUAACCGUAAUACUGAAACCUAACCGUACGCCCUAAUCCCAACCUCAAACGUAAAACAGAAGCAAAAUGGGUCCGAUGUGAUAAUGGAGCCGCACAAAAUAGCCCCGGUAAACAAACCCCCCAGCCACCUGCAAUACGAGGCCUGGCUACCAACUGCGAUCUAGCCGGAAUUUAUAUUUUUUUCUCAAAAAGAAGUUGACAAAAACUCAUUUUAGUGGAUGUUCUCGCCCGGCGCACAUCAGUUCACUUCGAAGAAACGCAUGCGGUAGUCAUUCUGCACUAUGAGCACAAUCGCCCUUUUUUGACAAUCGGAGUGUUGUCCUGGUGCUGAUUUGAUCUGCGUGGAGCAGGAGCUGUCUCCCCAGUUAUGUUGCUGAGGGCGUACACUGAUAACCCUUGGCAACCUUGACGGUUUAGAAACCUUGGGCAACCAUUUAGUUCCGUCGAGAUGCAAGACACUCUCUCUGGUUUCAAACAAGUCCAUUCAACCAUCAGAAGGAUCUAACCUUCUCGAUUAUGCUUAUUUCUAUCUUUUGGUUAUUUCUGUCUCACAUGGCACUGCUGACUUGCACUCUACGAUGAGAUACUUGGUGUGCCGUGUUUUUGCCGGAUUGAUGUGUCUUAUCACAGUUCAUACCGCGGGCCGCUAAGAACCGAGGCACUACCAACCUAACCACUUUCGCCAACUUAUGCUUAGGGCAUUGCUUAUGUAGACUGGCAUCCGUCUACUCGGGAUUAUGCACUUAUCUCAGCGCAUUCGGUAUGAAUUUCUAGUUAUCCGGGUAGCCCAUCUUUAUGCCUUCCGGCGGUGACACUACCUAUCUAGGUUGUCUUACCAUGUCUAAUAACUGGCUCUAUUUGACGAAACUAGCAUAUGGUCCCAUACGGCUUCAGACACCAAGCAGAACUCCGACCAUCUCCUGUGUGUAUUCUGACAAAGCCAUCUUAAGUGUUCUAGGAGAGUCACAAACGUUUUUCUGAUAAGGAUUAGAUUGUAUUUGACAUUUUCCUAAAAACAACAGCAAUCAUUUACUGCCUCUCGCUCUCAGUGUGAGUCGUUCUUCUGUCUGUCCGAAUUCCUCAUUGGGCCUUAACCGUCAUGGUUGGCGGAAUUUGAACCUUCACGACUGGGAGUUAAGUCCUCAGCCAAUCAUGAUUUCUUGACCGAGAAACACUCCCACCUUUCCCUAUCCCCUGUGUGCUCUGUGGUAGUCCUGGAUAACAAAUAUGAAGCGACGUUCCCUACGUCCUAAUUCUGUAUUCAAACUCUUUUUACACCACCAAGUUCCCUUGGAUUUUGGCCGACUACACGUCUAAACGUCUGGAUCUGGAUGACGAGUGCACAUUCCGCGAUCUAUCCCGGCCCAUCGGUCUAGUGAACCCCGACAAUAUACCCAUUGUUCGCGAAAAGUGAGUCCUCCUAUCUAUGAAAGCUGUUCUGCAUUGUUCGGAAGUCGGCUUUCGCUAGGCUGUGUUGAGGUUGGGGUAUGUAGCCCAGCUGUGUCUGCGUUUUUCUUGCUUGUAUUUGGAACUAAGGGCUCUUUUUGUACCUACUGGUGUCCUAAAGACGCCAUGCUCAUCCAGCCCGACACUGGUCGGUGGCACACGGUAAAUGCCCAUAUUGCCUAAUGACUGUACAUAAGUGCAGCCGUGCCUUAAUGGAGAAUCAGGAGCUCCGCCUGUAGCCCUCGGACACACGCCUACAUCGCGUCAUCCUUGCUUUAAAUUGCUUCUCCGGUGAUCAAGACGCAUGAGCAGUUUCCGAGAAACAGACGGUCAACUUUGGAUUAGCCCAUCUAUGCGGAGGGAAAUGCAUAGAUCAUAGACCCGACUGUUAUUCGCCGGACAUUGUGAUAACUUUGCUUGCCAUAGUUUACAGGUGAAAUGAGGACAUACGUUAGAGCCAGUUCAUGAGGGGGGUACUAACAAUUAUGUUUUUGUCCGUAGUUUCUACCCGAAGUGAUUAAACUUCUAUCUCUUGACAUAUGAUGACUUCAGGUACGGUCAUGUCGUAUGAACACUAAUCACUUUCCCAGUAGAGAUAUUUCUGUUAUUACUGAUGUGUCCCCGAGUAGGAACUACCUUAAUCCCUUUUCGGUCUGACACCGGGAGUAAUUCAAAAACGCAUGAAGCUUCUUUGUUCCAGCCUUUAUUAUCCAGACGUCGCAUUGUGACAAGACAUUCUCCUCAAUAGAAUUUGCCGCUAAAUUGGCGGAACUUGUUUACACAAUGGUGUACGAUUUGCCCGCCAUAAUAAAGUUUCCAUCGAGGCCUUUAGCGAUUAUUGUGACUGUUUUGAUUGUAAUCCUUCUCUGCAAAUGACGGUGGUCUCCUAUAUGUGGCUUGAAUAAAGUAGUAUUUAGAAAAUAAACCGGCGGCAAUGGAGCAUCUACGUACUAUAAGCUCAUUAUUCCAUGUAUCCCCCCUGGCUUUCGAUUUCGGCCUAUAUUCUGUGAACUUAGGUCAUGCGGUCCUGAUGUAGUUCCACGAAUUUGGCAUGAAGAGCCUCAAGACGCGGGUGCUGGAACUUACAAGCCUUACUUUGAACAUCAGUUAAAAGCGAAUAGUUCGGGCUUUUAAGAUGUGGGAGUUGGGUUGCACCUCUCUUCUGUCUUGAAGCUUGUUCUACGGCAACUACUUUCGGACCAUCUCGGUUGUAGUUUUUUUCGAUGCAGGAAAGGACGUAAGUCUGUAGGAGCUUGUUCAGAUUUUCUCCUGCUCCCAUCCGAUGCCCUUAUUCUACGCACCUGGGGCCGCGUAGCCUAGCGUCUACAAUGCCGAUGGCCGGUUGACUGUGUGGGUGUUUAUGCCUUCCGGGGACUUCAUCUACAAUAAAGUCGAUGUUGUGUCUAUCUGUUCUGCUGUUGCAGACAUUAUAGACGAUGCAAGCCCUCUUGUUCGUCAAUGGUAUUUUUCGACCUAUCUUACUUCUUCCCAUCAACGUUUUAGUUUGGACUGAGGACUGGAUCCUACUCCCCUUCUUAUUCCCUUCCUCCUUCCUCACCCUCUUCUUCUUCCUCCUCCUCUUCCUCUAUCCCCCCUUCUUCCUUUUCUUCAUCCCCUUCUUCCUUAUCUUCUUCUUCCUCUUUUUCUUAACGCCUAUGUUUUGAGCCGUAUUAUCGCUAACCUUGAGUUUCUUGGUCACCGCCCCCCCAUAUCCCAGGCUGGUCACCUCUACAGCCUAAUCUUGAUACAGCCUCAUCUUGACGGGCUGGGCGCUUGUGACUCUUAGCUUUCUUCCUGAUCCUGGGUUUCAUUUUACAUGUUCUGGUUCUUCCCACCUUAUUUCGGCACUGACAAUUGUUGACCGGGUACUUCCAACUGUGUCUGGAUGUCUGCAGCUGGCAAACUGGCAGGGGGUUCGGCUCUGAUCUCCUCUCCCCUGGCUUCCAUAGCGAAGAGCGUCUUCUACUCAUUCUUCUCUUCCAGUAAUUAUUUCCCCUCAGCGUCAGUUUUUACCUAAAGAUGCUCAGAAAGAUUGCAUGGCAAUUAUCAAACCUGUGUUAACAUGAACUGAAGUCUAGGUAUUUGGAUGACAUGCUGUGAUAGCAGCCGCUGCCGUUUAUGAUCACGAGCAUAAGGCAUUAGGAAGUCUACCCGGCCCUGGAUAAACCUGGUUGAACGUGACCCGCAGAAUAUCAGGCCCGUGAAAUGGCGUGGUGGGGAAAAGCUUCCUUUCAAUUCGUGGACUCAAAGGUGAAUGUCUUCACCGACCAGUCCGUGGCACCAUUUUAGGAUUUCAAGACUAUGCCCUGCAGAGGGUGGAACCCUGUUUAAUCCCGACAAUAUUCGUUGCGUUGUAGAGAGGCUUUGAUUUAGGGUCUCUUCAAAGUUACCAAUUCUUCAGGCCAAUAUCCAGUCACGCCUGGAGGUGCUGCCGUCACAUGGUGCGGAAUCGCUUACUCGUUUCAUCCCGGGAGGACCUGCUUAUACCACAGCCAGCUCUCGCUGAAGGGUCUUCUAUUGUGCGCCAUUUGCGGACGCGGGCUGUAGCUUCGGGUGUAGCAUGCCUCUGUUCUGUAGUAGAGCACAUUUCACCCCAACUAAUUGGACCACAAGUUGUGUCAACUGUUUUUUUUUCAGCUUGCCUGUUGAAGAGUCGAAUCAAGUCGCCAUUCCGUUCAAUUGGGCCGAUAAUUGUCUCAAGCAGGACUUCAUGAAGACGAAACUGAAAGGGUCAUCCGCACUUUGGGGUAGACGGCGAGAUUUCCUGCCGUCUGUUACUUCAGUCAAGUGGUCUGUCUGGACUAUGCUUGCUCCAAGGCGCGCUUAUCGUUCAGCCGCGAGAGCUCACGAAAGUGGGAUGUGUUCUGUGACGCAACCACUGAGACAGAAAAGCAAGGUUAGAUUGUAUCACGACGGGCGCUUGACAGGUCGAAGGAACGGGAAAAUAGCCUUGGCGUCGAUUCAUAAUUUGGUCCUUUCUGACUACCUCAAAUAUGUCUCUUAACUCUUUUUACGCACUUCAGAUAACAGGCCCAGUCUCUUGAUCGAGCUCGAGAGAGACUAAGUCUCGUUGCCGCAUGCACUAUCUACGUACAAUCUCUGGGUUUUGUGACCUGAACAGUUACGAGUGGAAGAUGAAGAUGCGAUCACUGGGAUAAGAAGUUUAUUUGCCUGACGUUUCGGAUUCUCACUCGAACCCAUCAUCAGAGACAUUCGCAGAUAGAGGUGAAGGUGGCACCAGGAGUGCAGUAUUUAUAGCACGUGGCUGCCGUGGGACCGUAUGCGCACUGCAAUUAACAGUUCUCACAAUCGCCGCUGAACUGCUACCUGGGACUCGCCUGUUCGCUUCUAUCAGCAAUUACGAGUGGUUUUAGAAGGUCGAGACGGUUAUUUCCCUAGAGCUAGUCGGUUGUUGUAAACAGCCUUUCUUAGUGGGGUUUUUUAAUAUAAAACCUGGGUAAGCCCACUAUCUACUUGCUUAGGUACAACCAUUUGAUCGCAUUUGCCAAGGGCUCUGUUUUGAAUGCAUGAACUCCCAAUGCUGGCCUCCCUUCACUAAGGGAUUAUUGGUAGCAUUGUACCGUUUUUAUACUUCGAUCCGCUCUCUGCACUAGUCAGAUCCGUUCUAAAUCGAAGCCCAUGUGCAUGCUGUAGAAGUAAAUCUAUUUUUCCGGAGGAUUCACCCGAUGGGCAGGACUGCAGCACCUUAGAGCUCCAUUUGCCGAUCGACGUACCAAAAACAAAUGAAUCGUUUGUUGCUUAAGCACACCUUUUGGGCUCAUUUCUCUUAUCACCUUUUUUCUGCUUUCACUCGCACUCCCACUCGUCCCCAGGUAUGAGUCCUUUGAGGAUCCCAGU